GUUGAUUUUAAACUCUUAAUAAAGUUGUAUUCAAACUGAGCUGUCAGUGGUUAGUUAACAAGCUAGUUAGUUAGCUGCUCACUCGCUGGUGUAACUACACGUUCACUACGUUAUAAUAUAAGAGAUCAAGUCCAAGUGAUAGAGACACAUGGACACUUCUACAUGUCCCCGACUCCUGUCCACAGGGUCUGAGGUAGAGACACGAGGAGGACACGCUGUUUGAUAAAGAUCUGAUCAUACUGAUCCAGAGUCAGUUCACUUUACAUCACGUAGAAAAGGACAGUUUGAGUUAUAGAGGGAAGACGUGAAAGAAAUGAGUUUAUAAUGUUUGUGUCUCAAUAAAUGAUCUGAGUCACAUGAUGAGAGCUGACAGCUGAGCUGCUGCUGAGGGAAGCAGGAUGGGGGACGUGGCACAAGACGAGACGAGCUUCUACUCCAACGCUGAGGGCUACUGGAGGGACGUGUCCCCCACAGUGGACGGGAUGCUGGGAGGCUACGGACGCAUCUCCAACAUCGACAUCAACGGCUCCAAGUUGUUUCUGCACAAGUUCCUCGGGGACGGGGACGGGAAGACGGGGACGGGCUGCGCUCUGGACUGUGGCGCCGGCAUCGGGAGGAUCAGCAAGCGCCUGCUGCUGCCGCUGUUCAGCACCGUGGACCUGGUGGACGUGACGCAGGAGUUCCUGGACAGAGCCAAGACGUACCUGGAGGAGGACAGCAAGAGAGUGGGACACUACUUCUGCAGCGGCCUGCAGGACUUCGUCCCCGAGCGCGGACGCUAUGAUGUCAUCUGGAUCCAGUGGGUCAUCGGUCACCUGACGGACGCCCACCUGGUGGAGUUCCUGCGCCGCUGCCAGGGGGCGCUGCGGCCCAACGGCCUGAUCCUCAUCAAGGACAACAUGUCCUACGAGGGCGUGGUCCCCGACGAGGUGGACAGCAGCGUGUGCCGUGAGCUGCCGAUGGUCCGCGGCCUGGUGAGCCGGGCGGGUCUCCGCAUCGUCCACGAGGAGCAGCAGCUGGACUUCCCCAAGGAGAUCUACCAGGUCCACACGCUGGCCCUCAGAUAGACGCCGGGGGGGCGGGGCUCAGAUUGAAGGGUUUCCUGUGGACAUGGCGUUUCUCGAGUCAGCGAUGUGUUUAUGAUGUGUUGUGCGUGUGAUGAGUUUGUGGAGCAUGUGCGUUGCUUCAGGCCGAGCCUCCGUCCAGCUCCCGCUCGAGACGCACACGUUCCAGCUUCCUGUUUGAGUCCCUCAGGUCAGAGGUCAGGUCGGCCAAUCGAAACUGAUGCUCUGUGUGAACCAGUCAAUCUUCACUGUGUGACAUCACAUCCUGUCCUGGAGCAGGAAGACUCACGAGUCACCUGACGUUCUUCUUCCAGUUUCCAGAAGUGGAGCCUCUUCAUCCUGUAGCACCACAAACUGUCCUCUCGUUAGCGUCUGUCCCCCCCCCCCCCCGUCCCCCCCGACAGACACGUCCUCAGUCCUCCUGAGGUUGGACCCUCGAGAGCUUCUGGGUUAGAACAGAACAUCGUGUAGUAGAACAUCUGGAAUCGACCUCGGAAGGUCAAACAUUAACGAAAAGGAUGUUCACCUCAGGAACCAGAGAUCUGGAGACAUGACACGUUUCUAACCUGAAUCUUUUAAUACCUGACGUCCUCUUUAUUAAUAAAACUGUAUUAAUACAUUGGCAGAUUUUUGUUGUGACUGUUGACUCACCACAGGUCGUGUGUUUUUCUCCUGGAGCUGAUGUGACGUUGAUUGAGCUGCAUCAUCAAGUUUUCAUCUUGUGCCAAAAAGUUAUUCAUCUCAUGUUUUUAAAUGUCACAGGGAAAUGAAUCAGAGGAUUCGGGUUUUAAGAUUUAAUGAAGAUAACGUUUUGAAACAGUCAAAUAAAACAAGUGUAAAAGUUCAAAUGGAGCCAUUCCCCCCCAAAAAAUAUUUGAUUGAAUAAAGUAAAAAAAAUGA